AUGAGCUGCCUAUUCUUCUUCUUAUUUUCCUUCUUUUUUUCUUAUGUGUUUGUUUGUUUCUUUUUCCGUCUUUCUUUUUCAGUUUCUUCUUUCUUUUUUCUUUCUUUCUUUCUUUCUUUUUUCUUUCUUUCUGCAUUUUCGUUUUCCUACAAGGUCCAGAUACCACUGACUUUUUUUUCAUUAGAAUAUUUCAUUCAUUUAUUUUCCUUACAAUACAGACAUAUUCUUCCUUCUUUUUUAUUUGUAUUUUUCUUUACUUCUUUUUCUUUUUUCUUUAAUAAAAUGAAAAAAGUAAAGAAAAAGGACAAAAAAGAAGGAAAUAGUCUACCUUUAUUUAAUAUAUUUCAUUCUUCUGUUAUUUUUCUUACGAUGAAUUUUUCCGAAUUUAUUUUCAUCUUUUUUCUUUCUUUCCUGCCUUUUUCUUUUUUCCUUUUCUUUCUUUUUUCUUUCAUUUUUAAUUUUUCUUUUUUCUCUUUCUUUCUUUCGAAUUCAUUUUCUGUUAUUUUUCUUUCCCCAUUUUUUUCUUUCUUUACCCUUUACUUUUCCCCAUGUUCUUUUUUUUGUUUUACAUUCUUCUUUUCCUUACGUUUUUACCUUUUCUUUCUUUUUUUCCUUUCGUUUUUACCUUUUCUUUCUUUUCUUUUUCCUAUUUCUUUUCUUUUACUUUUAUUUCCCUUUUUCAUUCUCUACCCUUUACUUUCUUUCCCUUUUCUUUCUUUGCUUUUCCUUUCUUCUUUUCUUCUACUCGUUUUUACUAUCAUACUUCAUACGUUAAAUCAGUCGCAACACGUUUUUCUCUUACCUCAAAACAGCAUUUUCUGUGUCUUUUUUAAAAAAAUUUUAUACCUAUCUGUCUGUCAAUCUAUCAGUUUCAUUUUGUAUUUCUUUUUUCUCUAUUCUUCUCUUUUAAGUCACAAUCUAUUUUUCUUUUUAGCUUUCCAAAAAUUCUAUCUCUGUCUUUUGCUGUCCAUUUUCUUUUCUUUCUUUCUUUCUUUCUUUCUUUCUUUCUUUCUUUCUGUCUUUCUUUCUUUCUUUCUUUCUUCAUCUUAUUCUCUUCACCUUCAUUUGGUUCACCUUCUAUGCAAUGUCCCCCUCAACCCCAAACUAUAUUAA